AUGGAUAUCGAUGAUCGAAAUGAUACUCCGACUCAAAUAAACCCACUGGAACAAACAACAUCAUCAUUAAAUAAUCCACAUGAUUUUUUCGGUACCGAACAAGAACCUACUGAAGCAGUAUUUGAUGAAGAACAAUUCUUAGAUGAAACAUCUCGAGAAUAUAUCAAAUUUGGUUUUAAAAAAGUAGCAAAAAAAAAUGAUUUUAUUCGUGUUGAAGAAAUAGGUGAUGCAUUUCGUCAUGCUGGACAAAAUCCAUCAGAAGAUAUUGUUAAAGAUAUGAUUGAAAAAGCUAGAGCUAUUAAAAAACCAAAUGAAAUCCAAAUGAAUGAUGAUGAGUCUAAUGAUCAAUUAACAUAUCCUGAUUAUUUAACUAUUGUACAUGAAUAUUGGUAUCCACCUGAUCAAGAUAGAAUACAUUUAGAAGAAGCAUUUGAUGCUCUUGAUCCUAAACGUACAGCUAAAUUAAUGGUUGAAGAUUUUACUAAUUUAUUACGAAAUUGUGAUUGGGCAGAAGAUGAAAUCGAACUUAUAUUAUCACAAGUUAGUUGUGGUGAUGGUUAUUUUCUUUAUGAUGAUUUAACAAAAUUACUUCUAUCACCAGUUGAAUUACCAAAGAAAAAAUCAGCUAAACCAAAAUCAUCUAAAGCAAAAUCCGGUUCUCCAAAAAAAAGUGCUUAA